AUGGGGUCCUUGGAAGCUGUAGUUGCUGCUGCCUUGGAGGAUGAAGAACGAAGGAGUCAACUUAGCUACAAAAAAAUUAAAAAAGAAGCUUUAGCACCCGUUUUUGGGUCGGAAGGUGCUGCUGGUGCAGAUUUACAUAGUGCUGAGGAAUGUGUUGUUCCGGCUAAAGGCAAGUAUUUGGUGCCAACUGGAAUUCAAAUCGCUCUGCCUGAGGGGUACUAUGGAAGGUAUAUUUUUUGUUUUAAUUUUUGUGGAUUCUAUUUGAUAUAG